GUUGUGCACAGGGGACACACAUGACGCGCGGCCCCAGCUCGGGCCAAUCAGCGCUCUCCAGUGACAGCGCCCCGCACGCCUUCCUCAAGCUUUAAGAAUGGGAGAGCGCGCGCUGAGUCUGACUGGAGAGCACCGCUCAGUGCCCAGCAGCUAGAAGUCCAGCUUAAAAACCGCUUUUAAGAGCAAACAAGUAGCCGCGCAGAAGUGUGAGCCUCGGCUGGACUCUUGGUCUCUGCGAAGAAUUACGGUUCUCAUUUGGAGGGAAGGACCAAGUCUCUUGGAGGAGUGCUAAGCGACACCACAGUGGAAGGGUGAAGUGAGUUGUGCUGUCCCUCAGUUAGAUCUGGAAGGAUGCUGGCGCUGCUGGCCACAAGCUUAGCCUUCUUGGUGGUCUCCGGAGGUAAGUGGGGGAUCGGCGUGAGAAGUCAGGAGAACCCGGCGCCGCCCGGGAGCCGUUUCGUGUGUACUUCACUGCCCCUGGACGCCACUAGCGCGGGCUGUCCACUCCCAGCAGUCCCUGUUCAGGGCGGUGCUCUGACCCCCGAAGAGGAGCUCAAAGCUACUGUGUUGCAGCUGCGGGAGACCAUCCUGCAGCAGAAGGAGACUAUUGGCAACCAGCGAGAGACUAUCCGCGAACUGACCGGCAAGCUGACCCGCUGUGAGAGUCUGGCGGGCGGUGCGGACGGCAAGUCCGGCCCCUGGAGGAAGGAGUACAGCAAAACUGGAACCGGCAAGGAUACCAUGGGUGAUCUUCCCCGAGAUCCCGGUCAAGUCAUUGACCAACUGAGCCGGACCAUGCAGAGUCUGAAGGACAGGCUGGAAGCCCUCGAGCACCAACUACGUGUCAAUGUGUCAUAUGCAAUUCUGCCUAAUGACUUUCGAGAGAUGCUUCAGAGGAGGCUUGGGGAGCUAGAACGCCAGCUUUUGAGCAAAGUGGCUGAACUUGAGGAUGAAAAAUCUUUGCUUCAUAAUGAGACUUCAGCUCAUCGACAAAAGACAGAGACAGCACUGAAUGCACUCCUGGAAAGAGUUUCUGAAUUAGAAAGAGGUAACAGUGCAUUUAAGUCACCUGAUGCAUUUAAAGUAUCUCUUCCUCUUCGAACAAAUUACUUAUAUGGAAAGAUUAAGAAGACCCUCCCUGAACUGUAUGCCUUUACCAUAUGCUUGUGGCUGAGAUCUAGUGCUUCCCCAGGCAUUGGGACUCCAUUUUCCUAUGCUGUAUCUGGCCAGGCCAAUGAGAUUGUGCUAAUUGAAUGGGGCAAUAAUCCAAUUGAAUUGCUAAUUAAUGACAAGGUGGCUCAGCUCCCUCUAUUCGUUAGCGAUGGAAAAUGGCAUCAUAUCUGUGUCACCUGGACAACAAGGGACGGGAUGUGGGAAGCCUUUCAGGAUGGAGAGAAACUUGGCACUGGGGAAAAUCUCGCUCCCUGGCACCCAAUUAAGCCUGGAGGAGUCCUGAUUCUUGGACAAGAGCAGGAUACCGUGGGUGGAAGAUUUGAUGCUACUCAAGCCUUUGUUGGAGAAUUAAGUCAGUUUAAUAUAUGGGAUCGGGUUUUAAAAGCUCAAGAAAUCAUGAAUAUUGCUAACUGCUCCACCAACAUGCCAGGCAAUAUCAUUCCCUGGGUCGAUAACAACGUGGAUGUGUUUGGAGGUGCAACCAAAUGGCCUGUGGAGACUUGCGAAGAGCGUUUGCUCGAUUUAUAGCUACAAUCAUUCUCCACUGAAGUGUCCCAGUUUCUCAAGACAAUCUCUUUUGAGGUUUGUGGGCACUUAUUUCCCCAGAUGAAGUUCCUUCAAACUGUUCUGAAGUGUGCUGAGUACAAGCUAAGUUCAUAGUUGUUGGUAUGAAACUUUCAGGUGAAAGAAAUACCUCUAAGGCCAUAUCAUAGCAUCUUUCAUCUACUUUAUCUAAUUAAUUAGCAAGAAUCAAACACCUUUCUUGCCAAGAUAGUGUAUUGUCGAUCUUCUGGGGGAGAAGUCACAUGUAAACAUCUUUUGCCAUAAGUGACUAAACUGCCCAUUUAAUAAAAGUAUGUGAAGCCAAGAGUCAUUAAGCACCUCAGAGGUUUGUAAGAGCCAAUAUAAAUGCUAGUGGAGUCUUUCCUGCCCUGUUCAGUCCUAAUCCUUCAUGUGUUGUGUGCAAUAUUUUUUAUAUGUCCUUUAAAAAAGGCUCUGUCACCCUUGGGCUGCAGCUACCAUUCUCUUUCAUGUCAAAUGCUUCAGCAUCGCAGCAAACCGUUUCCUGUAUUGCAAAGGUUUUUUCUUUAUAUUUUUGUGUAUUUUAAGUCAGUUUUGUGAAACUACAAAGCCUGGCGGAGACAGUCAAAAGAUGUAUCUGCUCUGGUUAACCAGGAACUGCUGGGGAUGAGUGAGAAGUUCAUGAAUGCUAGAAAUUGUUAAGUAGUAUGUGUGGACCUUGGAAAUAUAAAACUUUGCUCCUGAUCACUCCUGAUGCUGUCAUCUGGUUUUCAUAUAAAACACUUUCCAAGUGAGUCAUCAUUUGGUUUGGCUUUGAAAGGCCUUUUUCUAAGCCAGUGCCAAAGUUCACUUUUAGCUCUUACAUCAAAUCAAUAUGUUUUUUGCCAACAGUACAAAGAAGUAGCCAUUUUAAAGCCUCUUGAUGUGGAUUGUUCUCUUCCCACCAAGAUAGGAAUGCUUGUUUCUAAUUCAUGUUUAUUUCUGUAAGGAUUUGACAAUUUCCACAAAGUAUUUUUUCCCAGUACUUUUGCAGAAAUGGUUGUCACUUGGUUGGUGGUUGCAGACUGCUUAAUGUAACAAAGUUAAUAUUUUAUUCUAAAGAUAAAGUAAUUAAAUGGGAAACAUUUAUAAAGCUAAAUAUUAUAUAUUUUAUUUUUCAUAAAUGUUUGAAGUGUAAAUCUGUGAAAAUUCCAUUUGUAAAAUAAAGUUGACAUUCCCAUUCAAACAUA